AUGUUCGAACGAGCCUCGGUCGAUCAGUCAAGUGUCUCAGGCGGGAUUUGGCCUACACUCCUCGGGCCAUCGGAUUUCACACCGACAACCCGUACCGUGAUCCCACACCCGAUUUCCAGUUGUUGCACGCCUUGGAGCACUGCAGCUGCCAGACGGCGCCGCGGAGCAUUGGUACGAAUCACCGGAAGCCGGAAGGAGAUCCUUCAACACGGCCCUCGGGUAGGGGCGUGUUGA